AUGGCAGCCCAAGGAGCGGCCGACGCGGUCAAGGAAGCAGUUUCCAAUGCCGCCGACAAGGUCUCUCAGCUCACCACGUCCGACAACACACCCAAUUUGGUCCUGGAUGAAGUGACGGGCGAGUCAGUCUCCAAGUCGGAGUUCAAGAAGAGGCAGAAGCAACGCGAGAGGGAUGCGAAGAAGGCUGAGCGUGAGGCGACCAGGCAGCCUCCACCACAGGCUAGACGCAAGGCAGUAAAUGACGAGGAGGAUGAGGGAAAGCUGAAUCCAAAUCAAUAUCGAGAGCUGCGAUCGCGCGCCGUCAAGCGGAUGCUGGAGAAUAACCAGCCCAAUCCCUACCCGCACAAAUUCCAUGUCACAUACGACUUGACCAAGUUCGAGGGCGAAUUCGGCCACCUCAAGAAGGGUGAGCUUGUCAAGGAGAAGGUACUCAGCAUUGGCUGCCGGAUCUACAACAUCCGCACGUCGGGCGAGAACCUGCGCUUCUAUGAAGUCUCGGUGGAUGGCGCAAGCAUUCAAAUCAUGGCCACAAACUCGGAGAACACCAGCGAUGUCCCCUUCACCGAGCAGCACGACAUUCUUCGCAGAGGAGACAUCAUUGGCGUGACUGGAUUCCCUGGCCGUACAAGUCCCAAGAAGGAGGAUAACCCAGGCGAGCUGUCCAUAUUUGCCCAGAGCGUUCAGCUGCUCGCGCCAUGUCUUCAUCAGAUUCCGUCAGAGCACUACGGAUUCAAGGACCAGGAGGAGCGUUAUCGAAAUCGUCACCUUGAUCUGAUCAUGAACAAGUCAUCCAGAGAUACCUUGCUUAAGCGAUUCCGUGUAGUCAAGUACAUUCGCAGAUACUUCGAAGACGCUGGCUUCUACGAGGCAGAGACCCCCGUCCUGCAGAAGUCUGCAGGCGGUGCCACCGCGCAGCCAUUCAUGACAUACCACAACGACUUGAAGACCAACCUUGCUCUUCGCAUUGCGACCGAGCUGCCAUUGARGCAACUGGUUAUUGGAGGCAUCAACAAGAUCUUUGAGCUGGGACGAGUCUUCCGCAAUGAGGGAAUCGAUCUGACACACAACCCCGAAUUCACCACCUGCGAGUACUACGAGGCAUACACUGACCUCUCGGAUACCAUGAACCGUACUGAGGAGCUGGUGGAGGGUCUUGUCAAGGAGAUUACCGGUGGGCUGACAACCCAAUUCACCACCCAGACCGGCGAGGUUUACGACGUGAACUGGGCCAGGCCUUGGAAGAGGAUUGAGAUGAUGCCGGCGUUGGAGGAGGCUUGCGGCGAGAARUUCCCGCCCGGCGAUCAGCUGCACACCGAUGAGACCAACGAGUUCUUGCGACGCAUCCUCAAGAAGGUCAACGUUGAAUGUCCGCCGCCACUCACCAACGCUCGCAUGAUUGACAAACUCGUCGGCGAGUUCAUCGAAGAGAAGUGCAUCAACCCGACCAUGAUUACGGGACACCCACRGAUGAUGAGUCCACUUGCCAAGUACCACCGCACGACCCCAGGUCUGUGCGAGCGCUUCGAGGCGUUCGUGUGCAAGAAGGAGAUUGUCAAUGCAUACACCGAGUUGAACAAUCCCUUCGUUCAGCGCGAGCAUUUCGAGGAGCAGGCAAGACAGAAGGCCCAGGGAGAUGACGAGGCGCAACCCCUCGACGAGGACUUCCUUACCGCAAUGGAAUAUGGUCUGCCUCCUACGGGAGGAUGGGGCAUGGGAAUUGACCGCAUCGUCAUGUUCUUGACCAACAACUACAGCAUCAAGGAGGUAUUGACUUUCCCGAUGAUGAAGGACAUUGAUGUGCAGAAGUCGAAGGCGGAUGAGGUCGUUGCUGGUGUAGAAACUGUACCGGUCGAAGGCAUUCCGCACAAGUAG